AUGUAUAUCAAGUUAACGAUAUUGUUUGCGCCGAUGGAUGGUGUGGGACACGUGAAUGCGUGCAUAGGUUUGGCUGAAGUGCUGCUGAGUCGGGGCCACAAAGUGGUGUUUGCUAUCGACCAGCCCUUUGCGGGAAAGUUAUCGCCGUUUGGUUUCAUCGAAGAGACAUUCACUUCAGAAGAAACAAAUGGUCAAAAGCCGGGAGAAAAUGGUGCCAAACAUUUGCUGGCGUCGGGUCUUCUCUCAGACGUAACGUCUUAUAAAUCGGCGGAAAUUAUGCAAAGUUUGCCGUUUUUUGAGAUAAUUGUGAACAAAAUGCGAGCCAAUGAACCACAGCUUAAGGCAAUUAUAGCCAAACAUAAUCCCGAUGUGUAUAUCAUCGAUGACUUCGCAGCCUCUCCGACACUAAUCCACUCAACCAAACCCUGGGUUUUUCUGUUUAGCGGAAAUCCAUUGUUUGUCAUCAAUGAUGAGAGGACUCCUCCCGGGACGUCGGGUUAUCAUUCAAACGGCGAUCAAAAGGAAUGGCAAAUAUUCAGAGAAUUGUCAAAAGAUAUGUUUAAAAAGUUAAACAUUAAGUACAAUGAAUGGAUGAAAGAGGAAGGAUAUCCCAUAAACACUGAAAAUAAAGGCAUUUCGGACUCGCCUUAUCUUAAUAUCUAUGGAUAUCCCGAAGAAUUGGAUUAUUUAGAUCUCAGACCACUUCCAGAAAAAUGGUUAAGAGUCGACGCAUUCAUGAGAAGAGGAGAGAAACAAGAGUUUAAAAUUCCCGAUAAAUUCCGUGACAGAGAUAUUGAGAAAAGUAAAUUAAUUUAC